AGUGAACUUCAAGUCCCAGAAAGCCUUACACCUAAAUGAGUGAGGUUGGUUGUGACGACCUUGGAUAUCGACUGCACUGCAAGCAUGGAGAAUAAAGAGCCCAACCGCCUCCUGACACACCUGCGGGACCUUGCUGGUCGUAUGUCUGGCGCGGGGGGCAAGGGAGCAGGGAUGGGUCUCAAGCUGCUCAUUGGGGCUGGAGCUCUGGCCUAUGGCGUCAAAGAGGCUACAUUCACAGUGGAUGGAGGUCAGAGAGCGAUCAUCUUCAACAGAAUCGGGGGGAUGCAGAUGGACACAGUGCUGGCUGAGGGACUGCACUUCAGGUUACCAUGGAUCCAGUACCCAAUCAUCUAUGACAUCAGAGCCAGGCCCAGGAAGAUCGCUUCACUAACUGGAAGCAAAGAUCUGCAGAUGAUAAACAUUGGGCUGCGUGUGCUGUCCCGUCCUGUGGCUGCCAACCUGCCCGCCAUGUACCAGCAGCUGGGGAAGGACUAUGAUGAGAGAGUACUACCCUCCAUCGUCAACGAGGUGCUGAAGAGCGUGGUGGCCAAGUUCAAUGCCUCGCAGCUCAUCACUCAGAGAGCACAGGUGUCCUUGUUGAUUCGACGGGAUCUGUUUGAGAGAGCCAAAGACUUCAACAUCAUCCUGGACGAUGUGGCCAUCACAGAGCUGAGCUUCAGCAGGGAGUACACUGCUGCUGUAGAGGCCAAACAAGUUGCCCAACAGGAGGCCCAGAGAGCCCAGUUCUAUGUGGAGAAAGCCAAACAGGACCAGAGACACAAGAUUAUUCAGGCGGAGGGAGAGGCGGAGGCUGCCAAGAUGUUGGGACAAGCAGUGACAAAGAAUCCUGGAUAUCUGAAGCUUCGACGAAUCAGAGCUGCCCAGGCCAUUGCUAAGACUGUGGCAACGUCCCAGAACAAGGUGUACCUUUCUGCAGACAACCUGGUCCUCAACCUUCAAGACGACUCUUUUAACAAUCUGUCUCUGGGGAAGAAGUAGGCUUUUGAGAAGCCUCUAGCGUUCCACCUGUCUGAGGCUACCUCUACAGCUAAGACCUGUGUCGGUCUCUCUCUGUCCACCUGCCUAUAUCUCUGAUUGUAUCCAAGUGGCUUACCAACUCGCUGAUGAAGACUGUAAAGCAUUGGAUUGCUCUGGACAGUAAACCUAUGGGGACUAGUGCUGUGUAUCUGACAUGGCUAGAUUCAGAUGGAACCCGCAUGGAUGAUAUCUUUAAUGGGAUUUAGAAUCAAUAGUGUUUUGUGGAAUCAAACCAAAUGGCACUAGCAUAUAGCAACGUAAUCAGCUGCUCCGUUAUCAAUAAGCUGUGCAGAUGAUGCCGUAAUGAUAUAGGUAACAACCCUACUUGUUCUGUCUGGCCCUAGAUCUGUUUGUGUACAUGUGUUUUUUGAGGACAGCAGGACUAGACUCUUUAAUUCUGAUCUUUAUUUUUUACUAAUUGGUCUUUUGAUCAAUCUGAUCAGCUCUGAAGCAGAUCUGGUGUGAUUGGUCAAAAGACCAAUUAGUGGGAAAAGAUAUCAGAAUUGGGCUGCCUGUCUAAACGUAGCCUUGGUGCAUCGGAUGUGUACUUGGUCAAGUGUAAGCAUGGACAAAGACUGAACUGGAACGGUGUACGGUUGUUUGUUAUUUAAAGCUGUGCUUGUGUAAUUAAUGAUGACUUAGGUCUUCUCUUUUCUAUGUAACUACUGUUGUUAACUGCUGGGCCUAGCUGCCCUGUGUCGUUGUGUUGUUCAAUGAUGACCAUGUUCUCCGAUACACCUCUGCUGGGGAACAGCACUACUCCUCGUGGCGAUCAAAGGUGUGCAAAAAAUAUUCCAUCCACUAGUUUGGAGCUGACAGAAAGGCUUUGUUCUUCCAAGUGUUAUUACAUUGUUCACCUAGAGGGGAUUGAAACAUGACUGAAAAUAAUGGUGGACAGCACAAUAAAUAUGCUUUAUUUCAACAUC